CAGCAGGUAGUGCGCUAGCGCCUUAGAGGCUGCUGGGAGAGUGGGUCUCGUCCUCUCUUCCCCAAUUGUGCGGGGCGGGGGACUGUAAUUGAGCCGGCGUCGCUGCAAAACCGAAGUCGCCGAGUGAUGAUGUUGUGAAGUCGCCCACCAGUCCCUGCCACGCCCGGGCGGUUACAGGCAGCGGCGGCCGCUUUGGCUGCUGCUCCUAGGCUGCCGCCGCUUUUAGAAUCUUCUCCUUGAAGGAGCGCGGGCGCAGGACCGAGGACCCCGGGCUAUUCCUGUCAUGACCAUCCGAGGUGUGAUAAUCACAUGAGAGCAUUUGUUCCUCCAGAUGUCAUUUGACUCAUCAGGAAAAAAAAAUCUGUUUAAAAGAAAACAUCCAUGUGGUCAGAGCUUUUCUUUAUUGAAUGGCUUGAUGGAUUUCCUUUACUCUGAUUCAAACCAAAGCUGUCCUUCUCAACCAAAGCAAGAAAGGAUCUUGCAUGAAUCAGUCCCAGAAUGCCAUUUUUAUAUCACCGAAAGGUGAAGAAAGCCUCAUGAAUAUCAAUCACAGAGACUCAGAGAGCAUUACUGAUGUCUGUUCCAAUGAAGAUCUCCCUGAAGUUGAGCUGGUGAGCCUGCUAGAAGAACAGCUACCGCAGUAUAAGCUAAGAGUGGACUCUCUCUUUCUGUAUGAAAAUCAAGACUGGACUCAGUCCCCACACCAGCAACAACAUGCAUCUGAUGCCCUCUCUCCAGUCCUUGCCGAAGAGACUUUCCGUUAUAUGAUUCUAGGCACAGACAGGGUGGAGCAGAUGACCAAGACCUACAAUGACAUCGACAUGGUUACACAUCUCCUGGCAGAGAGGGAUCGUGAUCUGGAGCUAGCUGCUCGGAUUGGACAAGCUCUCUUAAAGCGGAACCAUGUCUUGUCUGAGCAGAAUGAAGCCCUGGAGGAGCAAUUGGGACAAGCUUUUGAUCAAGUUAAUCAACUGCAGCAUGAGCUGUCCAAGAAAGAUGAGUUACUGCGAAUUGUCUCCAUUGCUUCAGAGGAGAGUGAAACUGAUUCCAGCUGUUCUACACCUCUCCGGUUCAAUGAGUCCUUUAGCUUAUCUCAAGGUUUGCUGCAGUUGGACAUGCUGCAAGAAAAGCUCAAAGAACUGGAAGAAGAGAAUAUGGUUCUUCGAUCCAAAGCGUGUCACAUAAAGACAGAAACUAUUACCUAUGAAGAAAAGGAACAGCAGCUUGUCAGUGAUUGUGUUAAAGAACUUCGUGAAACAAAUGCUCAGAUGUCCAGAAUGACUGAAGAAUUAUCUGGAAAGAGUGAUGAACUGAUUCGCUACCAAGAAGAGAUCUCCUCUCUCUUGUCUCAGAUUGUAGAUCUUCAGCACAAACUUAAAGAACAUGUGAUUGAGAAGGAAGAACUGAGACUUCACCUCCAAGCUUCCAAAGAUGCUCAAAGACAGCUAACAAUGGAGCUACAUGAGUUACAAGACAGGAAUAUGGAGUGUCUAGGGAUGUUACAUGAGUCCCAAGAAGAAAUAAAGGAACUUCGGAGUAGAUCUAGCCCUGCCGCUCAUCUCUACUUCUCCCAGUCAUGUGGAGUUUUUUCUGGGGAAUCUCUGGCAGCUGAGAUUGAGGGGACCAUGCGGAAGAAGUUAAGUUUGGAUGAGGAAUCUUCUCUCUUCAAGCAAAAAGUCCAACAGAAGCGGGUGUUUGAUACUGUCAAAGUUGCCAAUGACACACGGGGCCGCUCUGUCCCAUUCCCGGCCCUGCUGCCCAUUCCAGGCUCCAACCGUUCAAGUGUCAUCAUGACAGCAAAACCUUUUGAGUCUGGUUUACAACAAACAGAGAACAAAACGAUCCAAGGGAGCAACUUGGAGGAGGACCCAGGGAAUGUUCAGAAGGUGGAUCAACCAGGACCCUCUGCAGAGAGCGAUUUGGCAACAGCACUGCAUCGUCUGAGUCUGCGGCGACAGAACUACUUAAGCGAGAAGCAGUUCUUUGCUGAAGAAUGGGAGCGGAAGAUCCAGGUUCUGGCUGACCAGAAAGAAGGGGUUAAUGGCUGUGGCACCCCCACAGAGAGCCUUGCCUCUUUCUGCACGGACCAGUCGGAGAUCACGGACCUCAGCAGUGCCACUUGCCUUCGAGGUUUUAUGCCUGAAAAAUUACAAAUUGUCAAGCCCCUUGAAGGAUCACAAACUCUGCAUCAGUGGCAGCAACUUGCUCAACCAAAUUUAGGAACCAUUCUUGACCCACGGCCAGGUGUCAUCACUAAAGGCUUUACCCAGUUGCCCAAGGAUACCAUCUAUCACCUCUCAGAUUUAGAAGAAGAUGAAGAGGAAGGUAUCACUUUUCAGGUUCAGCAACCUCUUCAAGUGGAACAGAAACCAUCAAUAUCCCAGCCAGUAACAGGAAUCUUCCUGCCUCCCGUGACUUCAGCUGGUGGUCCAGUUACAGUUGCAACCUCAAACCCAGGAAAGUGUCUGUCGUGCACAAACUCGACAUUCACCUUCACCACCUGUAGGAUCUUACACCCCUCUGAUAUCACUCAGGUUACUCCCAGCUCUGGCUUCCCUUCAUUAGGAUGUGGCAGUAGUGGUAGCAGUUCAUCAAACACGGCGGUGAAUUCUCCUGCUCUGUCCUAUAGACUCAGCAUCAGUGAAUCCAUCACCAACCGACGAGAUUCCACCACAACCUUCAGCAGUACGAUGAGCUUGGCCAAACUUCUGCAAGAGCGAGGCAUCUCUGCUAAAGUAUACCACAGCCCAGUUUCAGAGAACCCUCUCCUCCAGCCUCUCCCUAGAGGCCCAGCUAUCCCUUCCACACCACCAAAUUCACCAUCCCACUCACCUUGCCCUUCUCCUUUGCCCCUUGAGCCUCGAGUGCAUCUCUCUGACAAUUUUUUGGCCUCUCGACCAGCUGAAACAUUCCUUCAAGAGAUGUAUGGCUUGAGACCGUCCCGAAACCCUCCUGAUGUCGGCCAGUUGAAGAUGAACUUGGUGGAGAGGCUGAAGAGACUGGGGAUAGCCAGAGUGAUCAAGACCCCGGAAGCCCGGGCAAAUGGAAGAAGCCAAGAGGCAGAAAAUGGUCUUCAAAGACCAAGCUCUGCUAUCUAUUUAAAUUCAGGUAGCAAUUUAUUGAGUGGACUGAGGAGGAAUCAGAGUCUUCCGGUCAUGAUGGGUAGCUUUGGCACCCCAGUUUGCACAUCCUCACCCAAAAUGGAUAUCCUGAAGGAGGACUGAGGUCUAGCCGCUGACUGACCUCUCUAACAAGUUAGCACAUGAAGGAAAGAUUUGCACUGAUACAUGUAGUCUUGUCUGAAAGAAAAGGAAUGUUGCAGAAGGGUUGUGAAUGUGGGAAGAGGAAAGUGGGAGAAUAGAAGCAGAGUUGGAAUGAGGCCCUAGAGCAUGAGGUCUGACUGAUAACUUGGAAGUAUAAAUGAAUGGGUUAUGUGUGUUUGGAGGCAGAAAAAGAGGAAAGGUUUAACGUCGUCCAUCUGGUGGUUUUUCUGGUCUUGAAAAUAAAAAGUGACUAGAAAAUAAAUUCAUUAAUAUGGAAACACACCAGAAACCCUGAACUUGGUCGCACAUUUACUUCUGAUGAGCAUAAGCAGGGAAGACCCAAGUUGGGAGACAGGAAGAAAGAAGGAGCAGCACUGAGGUUGCCUUUAGAAAGCUAUUCUGGAGGGUUGCUGAAAUUAACUCAGUCUGUUGUUGAGACAAGAGAAGGACACCUUUUAUGUUGGCCCCUGUUAAUGUCUGGUGAAAUUACACAUCCACCAAAGAGAAUGCUUCCUGCAUUAUCAAACAAGAAAUUUUACCUUUUUCAUAAGAUCAGAGUAGUGGAGACUCCCUUUUUGCUUUGUUUGCAGGCCUUUGAGCCCCUGGGAGCCCAGACAUCAUCCACAUUCCUUUUGUUUUUGUGAUUAAUAAGAGUUCAUUUUUUAAUUUGUAUUUUUAUACAACAUCCCCCCCAAAAACAACGUGAGUGGGGGGUAGGUGGGAUUUACUUUUAAGAAAGAAAAUAUGGGUACAUUGGAACCAAGGAAACUUAUUUUCAGAAUAUUUCUUCUGAAUAAGUGCAGUGGCCGAGGCAUAUGAACAAUGUUACAUGUCUUUCAGAUUUCCUUGGAGGCUGGAAGGGUUAAACCAGAAGUGCAAUCAGUAGGAAUUAGAGAGUGUUGUGUAUUUAUGUCUGUAAGUUUUUUUGUAAGGAAAGUUGGUUGCAACAAAAUUUUCUCCCAAAUGUGCUAUGCAUAUCUUUAAUGAAAGAUGACAUGUAUUUGCACAAAAAUUCUCAGGCACAGUAAAUUAUUAUAAACUGAAGUAAAACCCAGGUGCUUGCUUUGAGAUUGUGUUUUUUUUUAAUAUAAAAUAAAACAAAAACACAUAUGCCUUUUUCUCAAUAUCUGUAGAAUUUGAGAAUGAACUUUUUAAAGGGAAAGUCAGAGCUUUUUUUUUUUCCCUCUGGGAUUCCUUUUUUAUUUUUUUUAAACAAACUGUGUGAAAUGGCAAAGUGAAACUUGGGGCUUAGGUUUCCGUUUUCAGCAGUGUGAUGCAAGGGUGUGAAUUGGGAAGAAGCAGAUUUGUUUUCUUUCUUUCUUUCUGUUUUCCGAGGGUUGCUGACCAAGGUGACAUGGCCUUAUCUUGGCAGUGCAGUUCAGAAAGAAAUGCCACUACAUGAAAGGCAUAAUGGAGAGAAGAUGAAGGAGGGGGCUAAUGAUUUUUGAAAAUGGGAAGUAUGUUACUUGUUCAUUUUGGUGCUUAAUUUGCAAAUGUUUUGCUCCUUUUUUCCAACAUAACUGAAAGGCAUUUUUCUGGAGAAUUCUUUUUUUUUUUCUUUCUUUCUUUCUUUUUACGGCCACACCUGCAGCAUUUGGAAGUUCCCAAGCUAGGAGUCAAAUCAGAGCUGUAGCCAUGGCAACACCAGAUCCAAGCUGCAUCUGAACCCUACUCCACAGCUUGUGCCAGGUCCUUAACCUACUGAGCCACAAUGGGAACUCCUCCUGGAGAAUUCUUGAUGAGUGGCUCCCAUCCAUACACCUGUUAGAAGGCCGGAGGAGGGUCCUUCUCAUCUCUUGAGCUGCCUCUCCUUCAGGUGGAAAAACCAACGCACAUGCAGUAGGAAGAUGGGUGACUUUUCCAUGGUUUUUAGAAUCUUUUAAUAGAACUUUUCUACAUAAAUUUCUUUAAAAAAAAAGUGUGUCCUCUCCCCAUUCUCUCCCCCUUGCUCAGUCAUUCUGAAGUCAGCAGACCACACACGUGAAUGUUCAGAAGGGAUUCCAGCUGGUCUAUAAGUGAAUGUAAGUGUCCCUGAACGUGGACCAAAAGAAUUCCUGAUGUUGAAAUUUCUAAAAUAUUCCAAUUCACAUUUUAAAUGAUAAUAUUUGAGUUUCUACUUCAUAAAGUAACUCCAGGGUGCUUAUUUUAAGCAAAUCCCUUAAGCUUUUUAUUUAUUCUCUAAGCAAGUAUAAUCUUCCUAUUGCCAGUUUCCAAGAAACAUCAGGAAAUAGGAAAAUAUAGGGCCAGAGAGUGGUACAAGUGUUAAAUUAUCAGAUUUUUAUGUCUAUUAUAUAAACACCUAUAAAUCAAGCUAGAUUUUAGAGUGUUCUGUAUAAUUAGUAUACUUUGAAAAUUACCAAUGUGAAAAUGAUCACUUUGGAGGCAGGGUGGGGAUAUAUUCACAGCCAAAUAAGCCCAUCUGAUUGAAGAGAACCAGACUUUGGUUUUUGAAAAUUCAGUUGAUGUUACUAUCCCACCAGAAAUACAGUGAUUGUAUACUGGUGCAUGCUUGUCCCUAAAAAGGAAUCCUAGGCUAUAUGCAUGUAUAUGUAACUGGAUCACCUUUCUACCUUGUAUAGUAGAAAAUUGACAGAACACUGUAAACCAGCUAUAAUGGAAAAAAUAAAAAUCAUUAUAAAAUUUAAAAAACAAUAAAAAAUAAAAAUGAAUCCUGUUUUGAAAUUGAGUUUUGCUGUUUUUGCAAUUUCCACCUGAAAUCAUUUUUGGUACAGCUUGAGAAUCUCUAUUAUGAUGAAAUUAUGUAUAAAGUAUAGUUAAGAACUAGAGCCUUGUAGCAAGUUCCUUCUUAAUUUAUCUGUUAUGUUUUAGCAGUGUUCACAUUUUAGUUUUUCUGUUAUCAACUGUGUAUGUACUUUGAUGCCAGUAUAGGAAACUCCAGUCUUUUUUUUUUCUACUGAAGGUUCUCGGUGAUUACAUCUCAGGUAUUUCUGAGUAUCCUGUUAUCUACUAGGAGGAAUACCUUCCCUGUGAACUCAGAAUUUAAAAUUCUCCUGAAUUAUGAUGAUCCCAAAUGUGAUGUAAAUAGCCUUAGGCAUGGGUCUUGGGGAAAAGUUAAUGACCAUUGUUAAAGUAGCUUUAAAAAAAAAAAAAAAUUCUGUACUCUAUGUCCUUGAUUUGACCUGAACGAACAAACUUUGGCAAAGGGAGGAAAUAAAGGCAGCUCUCAAGAGCCUAUUCUCUAGAAAAGGUGUAUUUUAUACAGUAUUCAAAGCCUGUAAUUUUUUCUGACCAUUCUGGUACAUAAUUAGUACUUGUUGGUAAUAAUUUUGACUUUUGACAUCUGGACCUAGAGCUCUUAGUAGUCAGUGGCCCACUCCUUUGGGAUGCCUGCAAGCCUGUACUCCACGCACAGCACAGCCGCACCUACAUUGAGUGGUUGCAUUGCCAGCACAGCUGCCUGGGAGUGGCAUGGGUGCCCUCUGGGGCUGCCAGGGAGAUACUGUUGUUUGAUAUCUGGAGCUUGACUUUGUCAAACAGCUCUUUGUAUACCUACUUUUGCUUUGUCAGAUGUAAAUCAAAUAAACAUGAGUAUCUUCUUAAA